GGAAAGAAAAAGAAGUUAAUGAAUUUGCAAAUAUAUUGUUACUAUUAAUACUUCUUAUUUUAAGUGUUUGCACUAACAAUUGCAUAUAGUUCGCGCAUAGCAAGUUUGGUCAUAAAUGGAGGUGGACUCUUUCUGAAUCUACAUUUUCAUCCUGUUUAUGUCACAGCUGACAUAACACACAACAAGACAUUGUUGGGUCUUCAUAAAGGCAUCCCUAAAAUGAAUUGCUAUUUUUAUUUUUUUGGACAGAAUUCAAGUUAUGUUGGCAGUGUGAUCUAGCUGACGUGUUGAAUCCCUUUUGGCUCACUGAACCCAUGAAGAUGUCUGAUAAUUGUUGAGUAAAUUAAAAUAUCACAGCCGAGAUGGUUUUGGAAUUGGAGAAAAGGAAAUAUCCUCCGACAUCUGGUGCUUUGAUAGACCAUCAUGCUCUACAGUAGCUUCAGCUGUUGGUGGCCACGUUUCCGAUUGCUAGUUGUAAAUCUGACUGCAUUUUGGAUGCCCAAACGUUUUAUGACAGCUCACAGAGCAACAUAGAUUUAUAUAAUCUAGAGUGCAGUUUUUAUUAAAAAAAUGCUUCUGCAUUCAUUUUCUUUUUUAAUUUCUGUUCUAUCCUUCUCAGUGCUCCUGGUUCAUGGUGGGGAACAGUCUUUCCUCUUUCUGUUUUGCCAGACAGACAGUGUUAAUGUGAUUAAAUAACACAGAGGUGAUAGUAAUACGUGCAUUAAUAAUACAAAUGAUACACAAAACGGAUUUGGCACCUGAUCGGCUAUUAAUCUGUAGGCAACUAUUGACUAUUCCCUUUUCAGUAAGUGCGGUUGGCUCAUGCUUGAGAUUUUAAAGUCCUUUCAUUUUAAAAUCCUAAAUCAGUAUUCCUCAUUCUCUCUGAGUGACAAACUGUCUACUAAGUAAGAUUACUUGCAACAAUUUUCUUUUGAAAGAUUUGAAGAAAGUUGGUACAUUAAUUAGAUUUUAAAGAGCUUUUAUCCUGAGAUUGUACAUUAGAAUGUCCUCAUACUUCCUGAGAUAGUGUGCAAGUGAUUCUAACUUGACGUUUCGGAAUUUGAUAUUUACUUUCAGUUUGAAGUCAUACUGAUCUUUGUAAAAAUAUUCUUUAUUAAUACAUUUUAUUAAGUACAGAUUGGUAUUUCUCAAUAAAGGACGUGUGGUUACGCACUGGUUUGAAUGUAUUCAUUAAGUAAUCUAUGAUUUAUAGACUGAGGUAUUGAAUGUCCUAUCACGUUCACCGGAAUUUUGCCCUUAUUUUGAAGUCUCGCGCCUACCGUAAUGUCUGGUGUGAACGUGCGCGCUGGAUCGCUACCGCAACCAGAGCGAACCAGAAGACUGAAUAAAUUCUGGAAAAAUAGCCGCCACUUUUUAAAUGUUUUCUCUUAAUCUGGUAAAACUAAAGUGAGACAUUUACGUAUUAAGAUGGACGACAUUGCCAUUCAAGUAAAAAAUAUACGAAAUUACGAAAGUAGGAAUCUUGGCUCUCGUAAUUGAGGAGAUCUUAAAAAUCCCAGGACCCAGUAAAUGAACGUAAAAAGGAUCAUUUGGCCGUUGGGAACGGGAAAGCUCCCAGAAUGCAAUGCUUUCACUGCAAUUUUAGUGUAAAUUCAACACAACGAGCUUUACAGACAGUGACAUAUUUAACACAUAACAGCUACAGUGGAGGUUUCAGAAUGCGCUCCGUGAGGAAGACGGUGUUGCUCGCCAUCCUGGCCUCUGUGGUUCUGGUCCUCGCUCUCCUCCACUCGUGGCCCACUCGGGCUUCCACCGCCGUGGACGUCUGGCAGCGACCGGGGCCAAUCGACGAGCGGCAUCUGGAGGAGAGGCUUCCGGAACCCGACCGCCGCUUCGGAAACAUCCCCUUUCACGUCCGGGACAACGUGGCGAGCCUGUUGGCCCGAAACGGAUGCGUCUGCGAGGGGGACAGCGGGGGAGUGAACCUGCCCUUCGUGCAGCUCCUGUUCCCACGGGUGUCCGCUCACCCGCUGCACGCCGCCUUCCAGGCGCCUGAGCUGCAGGAAAUGAAGAGGAGGCGAGAAAAGGAGUACAGGAGCUUCCAGGAGAGGACACAGACGCCUGCAGAUCUUCUCCUCAUUGCGGAGGCUAACAAUCCGUUACAGUAUCCAACGCAAGGGGUGGAGGUACGACCUCUGAGAACAAUCAUCAUCCCAGGCUUGGCCUUAUACAGCCUUCCCAGAGACCACUACUCAAUAAACCUCACUGCCACACUGGGAACGCUGAACGUGGCGGCAGAGGUGGACAGGGUGAAAAUCAAAGGUGAUGGCGCAAUGCGCAUGACCCUGUCGAGCAUCCUGCUGCCGAACCUGAACAGACAGCUGCAGUUUGUCACCUACACAAACACUCUGUUCCACCCCAGCACGGCAGACACAGUGCAGUUUGAGACAGAGGGACAUCAAGCCAGCUUCAGCAUCAAAAUCCGCCACGGCGUGACGCCCAAACUGUACAAUACAGGAUCUAAAGGAGAGUACAAUGUCAGUGCCCUCGUUACCAUAGCUACCAAGACUUUCCUGCGAUAUGAUAAGCUUCAAGAUCUUAUAAACAGCGUGAGAAGAUACUAUCCUACCGUCACUAUAGUCAUAGCUGAUGACAGCGAAACCCCCCAAACCAUUUCUGGGCCUUACAUCGAACAUUACAUCAUGCCCUUUGGAAAGGGUUGGUUUGCUGGACGAAACCUGGCCGUCUCUCAGGUGACUACAAAGUAUGUGCUGUGGGUGGACGAUGACUUUGUCUUCACAGCCAACACCAAGCUGGAGAAACUGGUGGACGUUUUGGAGAGAACCACUCUGGACCUGGUGGGGGGUGCAGUGCGGGAGGCCACAGGUUACACUGCCACCUACAGACAGACCAUCUCCAUUGAGUCCGGGGAGGCGGAUGGUGACUGCCUACACAUGAGGAGAGGAUUUCAUCACGCCAUCCAAGGCUUCCCCAACUGUGUCGUGACUGAUGGAGUCAUUAACUUCUUCCUGGCUCGCACCGAGAAAGUCCAGCAAGUCGGCUUUGACCCACGCCUCGCCAGGGUAGCUCACCUGGAGUUUUUCAUCGAUGGAUUGGGAUCUCUCCACGUGGGCUCUUGUGAUGAUGUCAUUGUCAAUCACGCUACCAAAGUCCGACUCCCCUGGGUCAGCCAAUCAGAGAGUGACAAGACAUACGCCAAGUUUCGUUACCCGCCGGCUUCCUCUGACGCCACACACACGAAAAACGGCCUCCUGUUCUUCAAGAACCGAUUUCAGUGUUUGACUCAUAACUAGCUUCCCUUCUCUUUAUCCCGAGGGUUCCUCUGCUCUUUUUGAGUUGCCAAAGACGUUGUCCUCUGCCACGUCCCUUCAGAUAAGUCUAAAUACACACUUUGAUCUGCUUUUUAUUUAAUGCGAAAAAAUGAAAUACAAGUUUCAGCAUGUUUAUUUUGUCCGCGCUAGAAAAGUCUUCGUACCAAAUAAGCCAGACGUGAAAGUUGGCUCUCUAGAAAGCAGAGAAUCAUCUGCGCGUUAAAUCCUGACAACAUUGUGAGUAAUCCAAGACUUUCUUUUUGUUAAACCGUAUUUGGCAAUACAUCCAGAAAUUGUUCUCAUACAGAUACCAAGCUUUGGGAAAAACCCACCAAGUAGCAUCGUUCCAGUCUGAUUCUCCUCGUUGUCAUUCUUGGCUAACGUGAGCAGAGGUACAUGUGUCCUCCUACAAUAUGCACUAUCCUCCAAAAAAAAAGACUGAGCUUGGAGAAGCGAUUAAGCGAUGUCUGCGGGCGUGAGAAGGAGGACAGACAGACACUUCCCCGAAAGGGACAAUCCUGUAGACGCAGACCAUACCGAAGGUAUUCCGUUCACUGAUGCCACAUGAAGAACGUAUUCAGAACUUUGUCACCUUUCGGUAGCUGCGCUCUUUGCCCGAAUGGUUGUGCCAAAUGUUCAGCUGUUGGCUUUUUGUGUUGUUAUUUAAGUCCCAACCUUUACCCAGAAUCCAGUAUGUCCUUUGUGAGCGACUUUAUCAAGUCUGUGGAAGACAAACUUUCUGUCCUAUGACAUCUGGGUUCAAGUUAUCUGGGAGCAGCCUUGUAUUUUUGUCUUCUGCUGUGUGUCGCUUUCCACAAAUAUCUGAGGAAGUUCCCUAAUAACAACUAGAUUUUGUUUAUUGGCAAAGAUGUGCCAGAGAUUCCUCAGCUGAUGUUUUUUUAUUCAAAUCACCAGAAGAACAUUUUCAAACCACUUUGCGUGAUGUUUCGGUCAGUACAGUAUAUCAGACAGUAUAAAAGGCCUUUGUGUAAUUUUGUGUUUAGAACAUGCUCUCAAAGUAAGAUCUGUAACUGUUGAAAGAUCUAUGGCUGAGCUGAAAAUCUUUAAUGUGUUACAACAGCAAUGUUCUUGCCUGCGUCACCCAAAACCCACUGGGGUGAGUCCUCUGGUCACAGGAUUAUCAGCCUUUUUUUAUUCAUUUCAAAUGUUAACGUAUUAAAAUGUCUGUCAAAA